ACAGAUUAGUGAUUGCUAGUUGCAGUUCUGGGCAGCAUACACUCAGAAGUGAUACAUGCAGUGAGCAGAGGUCGGAUGUGGCAGAAACAUUACUGGUGAAAAAAACAAAACAAAAACUUGUGACAGAAUUUGGAUACAUUUGGAAAUUGAAGAGACAUGAGACUACUAACCAUACUUUGCCUGUUUCUGCAGUUCAUUUUUGAGCUUUCGUCAUGCACUCAUCUUCGGGUGAUACCUGGUUCCACUCUGGAGCUGCCCUGUCUCUCAAUUCAGACUGAGUUCACUGAUGCGGCCAUCACCUGGAAAUUUAAUGGUAAAGAUAUAAGCACCGAAUUACCUGGCUCGACCACAAUUAAAAAGGAUGGCUUGUAUCUCAGCAUAUUCCCUGUGACUGCCGCCCAUGAGGGCCAGUACAUGUGUUUGUUAACAGAGACCAAUAUAGUGAUGAUAAGGGCCUACAACAUUACAGUUGAUGCAUCAGUUGGCUACACCAUUAGAGUCAUUGAAGGCACCACCAUUAAUCUCCCAUGCAACUUCCCGAAGUCCAGCCAAGUCAGGGCCAAUGCACUUUGGUUCAAAGAGACAGGUGCUGGCAAGAGGACACAGUUGAAUCUUGGAGAUGAUUCAACAGGUGGUAAUGAGAGAAUGGAACAGCUUUAUCCAAUGGACACUGAUCAGGCCGUCAUACUCAGAGAAGUUGUCAUGGAGGAUGCUGGAGUUUACAGUUGUGAAUCUGCUAAGGGAGAAAAGCUGAGUACUGUGUAUGUUGUUGUUGAAGCUGGUCCUACCCCUCCUCCUCACUCAUGUGAAGGCUUCACGGAAGCAUGGGAGCCUUGCCAGAAUGAGAACAGUCGCACUGAGGGGCCCAUAUUGCAAGAGUCCAUGGCAGACUUUUCCAUGAAGCUGUAUUCUUACCUGAGACAGUCACAACCCUCUAGCAACUUGCUCUUCUCCCCUGUCAGUAUCAGCGCUCUACUGUCCCAUUUGUUGUUAGGUGCAAGGGGUGACACCCGAACAGCCAUUGAGAGGGCUGUCUGUGUGCCUCAUGACUUCCACUGUCUUCACUUCCAAAUGAAGAAGCUGAGAGAGAAGUUGGGCAGCUCCUUGCAGAUGGCUUCUCAGAUCUUCUAUAACCCACAAAUGAAUCUGAGUGAGUCCUUUAAUAACCAGUCCAACCACUUCUAUGAAGCGUCACCCAUCAGGCUGCUGGAAAGCAGCGAGCAAAGCACAGAGAUGAUCAACAGCUGGGUGGCAAAUAAGACCCACAAUAAAAUCAAACAUUUGGUCGACUCUGUAUCACCCGGUACACAGCUGAUCCUGCUCAAUGCCGUCUCCUUUAGCGGUCAGUGGAAGGUCAAGUUUGAUCUGAAACCCCAGAAAGGACAUUUCUCCAAACUGGAUGGCGAUCUGGUCAAGGUGCCGAUCCUAUAUCACCCAAAAUACAUGUUGGUUAUGAAGUAUGUCACUGAGCUCAAGGCACAGGUGGCGAAAUUUGCUCUCACAGGUGACAACAGUCUCUACAUUGUGCUGCCUCGCUCCAACAAAGUGACCGACCUGCAGCAGGUGGAGGAGAGGUUGACAGACAUAGCUGUGCACCAAAUGAUAGAACAAAUGAAUGCAAUCCUGCCUCAGCCUGUCGAGGUCACUCUGCCCCUAAUCAAGUUGGAUGUCCAGUCCAACAUGCACAUGCUUAUCAAGAAAUUAGGACUGUCCUCACUCUUCGAGGAUGCCAACCUGUGUGGUCUCUACACUAAGGACAAGCUGGUCCUGGAUGAUGCCAGACACCAAGCCUUCCUCGCGCUGACUGCACAAGGAGUUGAGGCCGGAGCCGUCACCAGUAUUGUGUUCUCUCGCACCUUCAGUUCCUUCUCUGUACUGCAGCCUUUCAUCAUGCUGCUGUGGAGUGACCAGGCCAAUGUGCCACUCUUUAUUGGGAGAGUGACUGACCCAUAAGAGAGGGAAAGAGAGGGAAAGACAAAUGUGCAGGCAAGAAACACAAACAUGUUGAAGAGAGGCUGUUUGGUAGAAACGUAAGACAAGUCAUUUAAUUUUCUUACUAUACUUUUUUUCUGAAAAUUUAAACUUCAUAUGACACAAUGUAAAUGCAGCAUUGCAUUCACAGUAUUGCUUCAGGUUACUAAAAUAAGCCCUGUUAAUGUGUUGUUUUCAAUCCGAAUAAACGAUGAUGGUGAAUAAAUACAGAUUAAUACAGUC